CAGGAUGUACGAUGGAAGUUACGUCGGGAUCCAAAUUAUUAUUUUUACAAAUAGUUCUUGUUGUACUAUUGCUUCAUUGUGCAGAUUCAGCUGAUUGUGGACGACGGAAAAUAAAGUUGCAGCAGCUAGUGACUCACGGUUACACCACUUACCCGGGUGAAUUCCCGUGGCAUGCCGCUCUCUUUAUGGCAGCUGGAUUCAAAAAGUCCUACAUUUGUGGUGGUUCGUUGGUCAACGAGUUAAGCAUAGUUACGGCAGCUCAUUGUGUGACGGAUUCUGCCACUGGAUUGGUGGUAUCUCCCGCAACCCUGUAUGUACAGUUGGGAAAGUUCAAAUUAAAUUUGCUCUCGGAUACUGUGCAGGAGCAUGCCGUGCAACAGGUCGUCGUUCAUAAUGAUUUUCAGCUGGCCACCAGCAAAUAUGACAUUGCGAUAUUGAAAUUGGCCACUCAGGCGAAGUACACCGAUUACGUGCAGCCGAUCUGUGUGUUUCCUCAACCGGUGGUCAACUACAACGACGGAUCCAACCGUGGGGUGUCGGUUGGGUGGGGCUAUACCGAGUUCGAUACACUAUCGGAUGCCCUGCGAGGGACCACAAUGCCACUGGUCGGACACACCAAGUGUUUGGAGAGUAACCCUGAUCUGUUUGAUCGAACGAUUUAUGAUGGAAUGUUUUGCGCCGGACACAGGAAUGGAACCAACGUGUGCAACGGUGACAGCGGCGGAGGAAUGUACUUCAACCAUAACAACGUGUGGCAUCUGAUCGGAAUAGUGUCAUUCACAUCCGCCCGUGAAGUGGACACCAAUCUGUGCAGUACCAAAGAUUACACGGGAUUUACGAAAGUUUCCGCAUUCGAGGAUUUCAUCGUGAGCACCUGUGGACUGCAGGCUACUACCGCCGGAACUACGAAGCGACCGUCCAAUGAGGCCGCGAAGAAAAAGCAUUACUACAUUUCGGACUUUGCGAUAGAUUCCAAGGUAAAUUGGUUCCAGGCUGGCGAUCACUGCCGAUCCAUGGGGCAGCAUCUUGCGGAGAUUAGGUCCGAGCAGGAAAAUACCAAGGUUAAGGAAGUUAUUUCCAAAGCAGGUAUGGAAAUUGAUGCCAAUGGAGUGGCCCACUGGAAGCAGUUCUGGAUUGGUGCAAACGAUUUGGGGGUGAAUGGUGUGUUCCGAUGGCAAUUUAGUGGCCGGUCGCUUAGCUUCACUAAUUGGAGACAUGACGAACCUAACAAUAGGAAUAAUAAUGAACAUUGUGUGACAAUUUUGGGUAACAAACAUGCCUUCUGGGUGGAUGUCAACUGCAAGGGCAGAAGACAAGUUAUCUGCGAGGUGUGGAAGUAAUGAAAGGACGCUUGUGACUGUUUGGAUCUUAGUUGA